AUGACGCACAACGGGGGAAGCUGGAUGACCAAGGCGCGAAUGCCACUGAGACGGCUUGACACGAACACCGUUGAAGACCUGGGAAGCUCGAGGUGCAUCAAGUGGAUAGAGACCAUGUUCAUAAUGACCACUAAGAAAAACAUCCCUCGUUGCGCAGUUGUCAGGGCGGCCCUUGCGGAGGCAUUGGUGCACUACUACCCGCUCGCAGGCCAUCUCCGGGAGGCUCCCGGGGGCACCACCGCCGACGACAUCAUGUUGUCAACACCGCUAGAAGAAAUGGUCGGUCGCUUCUUCCUCUUCGGCCCAGGGGACAUGGCAUCGCUACGAAGGCAUGCCCCCGCGCACCUAACACCGCCGGUCACCAGCUUUGAGCUUCUGACUACGGUCAUGUGGCGUUGCCGCACAGUGGCACUUGGUUACAAGCUCCACCAGCGGGUGCGCCUGAUGUUUUCUCUAAAUGCGAGUGGGAGGUGGAAGCGUCAUGCGCUCGUCCCACGUGGGUUCUACGGGAAUGCACUCUUCUACCCUGCAGUACACACAACCGCCGAAGAACUGUGCUUCAACCCGCUUGGCUAUGCGCUCGGACUCAUCCGCGAGGCCAAGUGUGACAUGACAGACGACAACAUGGAGUCGAUGGUUGAUUUCACGGCCUCUAUGCGUGGGCAGCCACCUCUCACCAUGGACAGGAUGUACGAGGCCUCUGACAUCAAAUGGGUUGGGCAGGACGCGCUAGAUUUCGGAUGGGCGAAGCGGGUUGACGGCGGCGGAAAUGUACAGCUUUUUUUCUUGAGAAAAGGGAAAUGUACCGCUGGUGUAGAUGCUGUUGCAAGUGGGCCAAGAUGUCCGCACGUGUUCAAGAUCGUCGGCUACCAUCUGCACAAGGGUUUGGGCGUCGGCAAGUACAUACGGUCCGCAACCUUCGCCGUCGGCGGCUACGACUGGUGCGUCCGUUACUACCCCGAUGGAUACUCAUCCCCAGAGUGCAAUGGCUACAUCUCUGUCUACCUCGAGCUCCUCACCAGGAACGCCGAGGUCAGGGCGAACUACACAUUCAGUCUAAUCGACUCGGGGGGCGGCGGCGCGCAGGCAUGGUCGCCGUUCAUCCGCCGCUUCGCUCACAACUACACCUCCGUCGAUGUCAGCUAUGGAGCUGACAUGUUCAUCAAACAGAGUGCGCUCGAAUCGGUGCCAUACCUGCGGGACGACACCGUGGUGAUUGAAUGUGAGGUCAAGGUUAUCAGGUGGCCGCAGGUGCAGGAGGAGACCGUGUUGGCCGCCACACAUAUCGAGGUGCCACCGUCGGACCUGCCGAAUCACCUCAGAAAUUUGCUGGAUGGGAAGAGAGGAGCAGAUGUGACUUUUGAGGUUAAAGGCGAGGUUUUCCCUGCUCACAAGAUUAUGCUCGCCACGCGAUCGCCCGUCUUUGAUGCUCAACUCUAUGGAUCCAUGAGCGCUGCCAAUGCCACGAGUAAUAAGAACAUAAUCGUCGAAGACAUGGAGCCCCCUGUUUUCAGGGCCUUGCUUCACUUCAUCUACACGGAUUCGCUGCCCGCUAUGGAUGACCUUGAUGAUGGUGAGAACCAAGAGAUGGUUAAGCACUUGCUGGUGGCUGCCGACAGGUAUGCCAUGGACAGGAUGAAGAUGAUAUGUGAAGGUAUUCUCUGCAAGAGCCUUGACGUUGAGACCGUGGCGACGACAUUGGCGCUAGCUGAUCAGCAUCAAUGCAGCAAGCUGAAAGAUGCCUGUGUUGAAUUCAUCCUCUCUUCAAACAGAAUUAACGAUGUGGUGGCAAGCCAGGGGUAUGCACACCUCAAACGAUCUUGUCCUGCUCUCAUGUUUGAUGUCUUUGAGAGGGCUACCAAGUCUCGCAAAAUUUAAUGUGCUAAUCUUGAGUUAGGCCUCAAAAUAGUCAGUUUAGUGGACACGUGGCCACCUAAAAUGAACUAGUUUCUUAUCCUUUAAACUUUAGAGAUCUGUGGGUGGGACUGUCUUAAAAGGUUGCAAAUAUUUUGUAUGCUCAUGUUGGGUUAACUUCUGGAUGACUAGCCACCUGUCAUGAAUGAGUUGUUUUGGAGGAGAUGAGUUGGUCUUGCAAGAUGUACUGAACUACUGGUUGCCUCUUCAUAUGUA